AGAGACGCCAGGCUACAAGUGCGAAAACCAGAAGAAAAAAGUAGAUGCUUGCCAGAAACAGGAAAACUGCUCUGAGAGCACAUUCCAGCCAGAUCCCUUCCAGGACAAUGAGGGGUGGGACAAAAUUGUGUAUUUAAAAUCUCUGUGGGCUUGAUAUUACGCAUGAAUCAGGAACAGAGCAAAGUUAGGUUCCUAGGCAUUCUACGUAGGAUACUUUAUCGAGAUGAAGAUAUUAGCUGUUUGAGAAGUUAUUUUUAUUGUGUUCGUUAAGUUCUUUAAAAGCAGAAGACUGACGUCUAGUAGCCUAUGUUCCAGGCUCGAGUUUCGUGUUUUCGGUUUAUCAGUGGAAGAUUUUAGCCCGAGAUACAGGGUCAUUGUGUUGCGCUUCAGACGAGACAAAUAUGUUCAACUUGGACGGACUAUAUCUCGGACAUAAGGAUCGCAAAUUUUUUGUCAAAUAUUUUGGAGUUUCAGUUUAGAAUCGUUUUUAUUGGAUGUGUGACAUAGUUUUAAGAGACCGAAAAGGUUGAGAAGAACAGUCGGUGUAGUGGCUGAUCAGCAUCGAAAGGGGAAAGGAUGUGGGGAGAUUUUAGGUUUGAACAUUUGAAACUAAAAGCGUUCACUGAACUCAAAGGUUGACACACGAUUGAAGACGUAUCUAUACAUGACUUUUGGGUGUAUUUUAAUACUUUAAAAUAUAUAUUUCGUUUUUAAUAUGGGACAAACGUGGUGCAUUUCCAUGGUACACCGGUUGGCUUCCUCGUGAAAAGCAAGAAGAAAGAGAGCUGCGCAUAGAAGGAAAAACCAGAGAUGGGGGGUGCUGCCAUGCUCACAGUGCUGCUAGCUGGGAUGUGCCUGUGGACCUCCACCGCUCAUGCAGAUCAGUCAUCCGUGGGGUCAUCAUCAGAGGGCCCUGACGACAGCGCCAACCUUCUGUGUACAUGUGAGAACAACAAGGGGACAUGCAGGAACGGCACCUGUAGGGGUGACUACUGCUUCUACACCAAGGUGCAUGGCAGAGAGGAGAGGGGCUGCUUCCAGAGGGACCACUAUAAGGAACAGUGUUACACCAGCUUCCAGGGACUGUACGUCCUCUGCUGCUCCAACAACCUCUGUAACGUCAACACCACCGCUCCCCCAGACCCAGCAGUUGAGCCUACGGGGGAGGGGAACGGUAUGACUCUGCUGGUGGCUGUCCCCCUGCUGCUGCUCCUCUCUGUGGGUGUGUGUGGCCUGGUGUUGUGGCUCUGCUCUAGAUCACAUCACCACAGGCUUGGCUACAACAAGGACCAUGCCAUCACCAUGCUCAAGGUCCCCAGUGGGGCAGAUCCCACCUAUGGGGAUGUCUUUGAUGAGUUCUGUACCUCAGGCAGUGGGACUGGUCUGCCAUACCUGGUACAGAGGACCAUGGCUCGACAGAUCUCUCUGGUCGAGUGCAUCGGUAAGGGCCGGUAUGGAGAGGUGUGGAGAGGCACCUGGAUGGGAGAGAGUGUUGCAGUGAAGAUCUUCUCCUCCAGGGAUGAGCAGUCCUGGUUCAGAGAGACAGAGAUCUACAACACUGUACAGCUCAGACAUGACAACAUCCUGGGCUUCAUAGCAUCUGACAUGACGUCUCAGAACUCCACUACUCAGCUGUGGCUGAUCACCCACUUCCACCAGCUGGGUAGUCUCUACGACUUCCUCCAGUGCAGCAGCGUGGACCCAGAGGGCUGCCUAAGGAUGUGCCUGUCUGUAGCCUGUGGUCUGGUCCACCUUCACACAGAGAUACUCAGCUGCCAGGGCAAACCCGCCAUCGCCCACCGAGACCUGAAGAGCCGAAACAUCCUGGUCAAGAUGAACGGACAGUGCUGCAUCGCUGACCUGGGUCUGGCUGUGAUGCAUUCCCAGACCAGUGACUAUCUGGAUGUGGGGAACAACCCCAGAGUGGGAACCAAACGUUACAUGGCCCCAGAGGUCCUGGACGAGAGCAUCCGCAUGGACAUCUUUGAGUCGUACAAGCAGACAGACAUCUGGGCCCUGGGCCUAGUCCUCUGGGAGAUUUCCAGAAGAACCAUAGUAAACGGGAUAGUGGAAGAGUACCGUCCGCCCUUCUUUGACAUAGUGCCCUCUGACCCCAGCUUUGAGGAGAUGAAGAAGGUGGUGUGUGUGGACAUGCAAAGACCCUGUAUGCACAACAGGCUGCACUCCCACCCGAUCCUGUCUUCCAUUACCAAGAUAAUGAAGGAGUGUUGGUUCCAGAGCCCUCCAGCCCGCCUAACAGCUCUCCGUGUCAGGAAGACCCUCUCCAAGCUGGACCAGGACCAUGACUACCCCACAGAGAAACUCAAAAUGGAUCUGUAGGCCUCAACUCCAGAGCAGGAUGGACGUCUAGACAAGCAGGACGUCUAGACCUUAACAUAAGACUACAACCAGCACACCAACAUUAGGGCUGAUAGUCUUGUAUAGAGACUAUCUAUAUCCUUUGCUACUAUGUAAGACUCUCAGUGUCCCAUAUUUCUGGUGCCUCUUCCUAAAAGGCCCUCACCAACCGUCCGUAUACUGCCUGGAUCAUUUCAUCAGGAAUACGAUAGAAGAAUUUUAUGUAUUUGCUUUGGCAUAUUAAUUUGGCGAGAUCUGGAACGAGACAAGCAUAAGCAUUGACAAAUAAGGACUUGGAUUUUAGCAGAGUUUACUGAAAGGACUUCCAUAGAACAUGGACAUUGUUUUCUCCUAGCGGCCCACAGGAUUGAGAGAUCAUCAGAGUUUGGUCCUUGUUAUAGCCUUAUCCUGUGAUGCUUUGGGGAUGGACGUGCUGCCUUUGGAUCAGUGAGGCCUUGUGAUGUAUGAUCAGAAUGAUCACUACAAGCGGCCGUUAAUGUCUUGCUAGUGCCUUAUUUGUUUUGAUGCACUAUAUAUUUUGUAUAUCCUGGAAGCCUUUAAAGCUGACCAUCAACAGAACCCUGAUAAUGUGUUACUCGUGAUCAUAGUAUAAGCCCAGAGCUAAUGAAUUAGUUGUAUCUAGCAAUAGAAUAACGUAUCUUUCACCAGCAUUGGAUUUACUGUAUAAGCUGCUCAAAGUUAAAGUACCUAUGUAUAUUAUUAUAUUUAUGUAUUUCUAUUUGUCUUUUAUCUGAAAUUAUAUAUGCAAUACUUUCAGUGUAGAAAUACUAUCAUUAUCAUCACUACCAUUCAACAUUAAGGGAAUAAAAAACAUUACAUCGA